AUGUCAGCAGCAGCAACUACUACAGUUUCUACACGUCUUCAAGGUUUUUGGAACCAUCCGGCCGACAUUAUUCGCUGGUCUCACACAUUAAAAUGUUUUGUUUGGUCAACAAUUAAAGGACCGAAAACUAUACAUUUUUGGGCUCCUUUAAUGAAAUGGGGAUUAGUGAUAGCGGGGUUAGGUGACUUGAAACGUCCAGCAGAAAAAUUAUCAGUGCCACAACAAGUUGCUCUAACAGCAACAGGAUUAAUCUGGGCCAGAUGGUCAACACAGAUCAUCCCUGUGAACUAUCCACUUUUAGCGGUGAACGCUUUUGUCGCUGGUACCGGUAUCGUGCAGUUAUACAGGAUAUGGGAGUAA